GAGUUAUUUCCCUUGUAUAUCCUGUUUCCGGUCAUGGGAGGGCUUCAGGUUGCAUCUGUCUGAAAAUCAUCAGCAACAUUAAGAGAUAUAUAAUCCUAACUUAAAGAUGGCAUCCAAUUUUAGCGGAGCCCUACAGCUAACGGAUCUGAAUGACUUUAUCACACCUUCCCAGGAAUGUGUCAAACCCGUGAAGAUAGACAGACGUCCAGGCAAAGUUGGUAAAAUCAAGAUAGAAGAUGAUGGAAGUUAUAUAGAAGUAAUGGAGAGUGGUACGGAGAGGAAGCUGGAGAAGGCCAAGAUCACACUGAAUGACUGUCUGGCCUGUAGUGGAUGUAUCACAUCUGCAGAGAGUGUCCUUAUCACACAGCAGAGCCAGGAGGAGUUGUACAAGGUCCUCAAGGAAAACCUACGCUUACAGGAGACUGGUGAUGAGAAUGGACAGAAGGUGGUCGUGGUAUCGGUUUCUCCACAGUCCAGGGCAUCCUUAUCAGCCAAGUACAACCUGUCUGUCUUAGAUGCUGCACACAAACUCACAUGGUUCUUAAAAAAAUUAGGUGUCCACUAUGUGUUUGAUACCACAUUUUCCCGCAACUUCAGUCUGUUGGAGAGCUGUAGAGAGUUUGUCCAGCGGUAUAAAGAUUCAGAGACAGAUAAAACAGCCUUACCCAUGUUGGCAUCAGCUUGUCCAGGUUGGAUAUGUUACGCUGAAAAGACACAUGGGACCUACAUUCUGCCCUACAUCAGUACAACAAAGUCCCCCCAGCAAGUCAUGGGGUCACUGGUCAAGGACUACCUUGCUGGUCAGUUGGGUGUCAAGCCCAAUGCUAUCUUCCAUGUUACAAUCAUGCCAUGUUAUGACAAGAAGCUGGAGGCGUCCCGAUCUGAUUUCUACGACGACCUGUACAGCACCAGAGAUGUGGAUUGUGUCAUCACAACAGGUGAAGUAGAUCAAAUGCUUAUCAAAGAAGGCUUAAACCUGGCUGAGGUGGAAAGUCUUGAUCUGGAUAUGAUUGUACCUGGAAUGUCCCCACAUGACUUGAUCAAUCAUGAUGGAGGAGGAUCAGGUGGAUACCUGGAGCAUGUCAUGAAGUACAGUGUUGCACAGAUCUUUGGACAGGAAUGUGGUCAGCUGAAGUACAAAACUCUCAGGAAUCAGGACUUACAGGAAGUAACCAUUGAAGUAGAGGGGCGUCCACCUCUGAAGAUGGCAAUAGCAUAUGGAUUCAGAAACAUUCAGAACAUCGUACAGAAAGUGAAGCGAGGCAAGUGUCCGUACCAUUUUGUCGAGAUCAUGGCCUGUCCAACAGGAUGUAACAACGGCGGGGGACAAAUCAAGCCUGAUUCUGGGGAGGAGACAAUGAAGGACAGACUUCAGCAUGUGACAGAACUGUAUAACUCUCUGUCGACACUGACACCGGACUGUGUACCAGGCAUUGAACAGUUGUAUACAAACUGGUUAGGAGGGGCAGACUCUGACAAGGCCAAACAGAUGCUCCAUACAGCAUAUCAUGGUGUAGAGAAAAUAUCAAGUGCCCUUACUAUCACCUGGUGAUGACACUCUAGCCUAGGUUGUGAAUUUAUGACAUAGCACGAGACAACAUUUGGCAAUGUUUAAAUAUUAUCGAUAUUCUUAUAUCUACAGAUGAGCUGUGAUAAUUUAGUCAACUUAAGUCUCAGAACUACACAUAGUAGAUAAUUCAGCCAUUUUGUUCUCCGUUGAUAAUUCGGUCACUUUCAUUCCCAGCGUAAAUGGCUGGAUUGUGAUAUAGCUGAAUCAGGAAAAAACUGGGAAACUAGGACAAUUCUGUAUUGGAAAAAGACAGUUUGUUUCCUACCAUACCUAUUUAAUACUGUGGAUAACCAGAUUAGUUGCUGGAUUGAUGUGGCUGGACUGUAUUCCUUCAUAUUUUCAGGGUUCAAUAUAAGAUCUUUCAUAUCAACAAAAUUUAAAAUGGAAUAUUUUACAAUUGUUCAUGGUGUUAUAGUAGUAAAAGAAUAUUUUACAAUUGUUCAUGGUGUAAUAGGAGUAAAAUUAAGUGUUAUUGCUACCACAUUAUGGUCAUGAACAAGUACUAUUUAUUUAUACAAGGAAACUAUAGGCAGGGCUUUUUUGUUUAUUCUUAUGAAUGAACAGUUUUGUCUUCAAAAUGUUAACACUUUCAGUGCAUGUUAUUUCCUGGUGCACCUGUGAAUGACAGUGGGAGGCCUUCAAAAUUCUUUAAAUAGGCUUCCCAAAAACAACAUCUUACCACUAGGUCUUUCCUUAUACAUGUAUCAGAAUGAAUAACUCUGGUCCAACUGUUAUUAAAAGCAAGUGGCACUAUAGUAAAAUCAAUGUAUAUUGAUGGCCAUAUAGCAGACAGUGUUAGAAUUUGACUGUAAUUAUAUAUGAGCACACUCGGAUUAAUGUGCAUAUAACAUGCAAGCAUGUCAUCAUAGUAUGGUGUUAAUUCUAUUAUAAAAGAUAUU